CUAGGACCCUCAAUUAUUUGGUGACCAUCAAAACACAGAAAUAUAAAAAGAAGCUCUCCUAACUAUAAGCCAAGUUGAGGUUCAAGGUGAAGUAACAAAAGUAAAAGAUCCUCUAUUGAUAUUCAGUCAAGUAGAUAUUCAGUCGUUUUCAUGUGCUACGAAUAGUCUUGCUAGAUUAAAUACGCUGAGAAAUCGACUCAACAAAAGCAGGAUCAGCGUUAUGGAGCAGAUGUAAGCUAUGCUUUGAUAAUUCAGAAAUCGCUUAAUUAAAUAUCACUAGCUUCUAACAAAAGAAUAUUAAAUUCUCAAGAAGUCUAUAUGUGAUCGAAUCGAUAUCUGGUCUUACCGAGACGAUGUUAAUUGAUCACUUCAGAGCAUGUCCAGCCAAAUGUUCGCAAUUCUCUGCUUCACCACCCUUCUUAUCGCUGCUGCGCAAUCCAGUAAUGCCAUGGCGGUGCCACCAUUCUGUCAAUCAGGCAUGGUCGAAGAUAUGCCACCACACAUCCAAAAGGUCUGCUCGGCACUCAACAAUUCGGAACAAUUGGCUACAGCGUUGAAAUCGUAUCUGAAUAGCGAGGCCGCAGCUCUGUUGACCGAUCAGGCGCCACUCAAGCGCUCGGAUGUUGAUCACGUUUUCUUGCGUUUCGGCAAAAGGCGUUAAAUUUUCGGCAAUGCUACCAACCGUACAAUGGAUUCUAUGAUUUACAACACAAACACACACAGACACUCAAGCACGACCGCCAUGUGAAUAACCAACAACAACAACCGACAAAUUAAAAUUAAAAAAUUCGCUUAAUUUCAAUUAAAAUGAUUUAACUAUAAAAUUUAUUUAAAAAAAUAUAGCUUAAUUUUAUGGCAAUUCGAAAAAUAUUGCAAAUUUGCAAACAAAAAUAUUUUUAAAUAAAAAAUAUAUAUAUCGUUAUAUACAAUUAAUUAAGCAUAAAAAUAUUUGUAUGCAUGUAUAAUACAAAUGCUUAAGUUGAUCUCUUUAUAAUGAAUUACAAUUGUCUGUACUUGUACAUCUGGAAUAUAUACUUAUACAUACGCGUAUAAACACCAGAAAUACAUGGGAGCUUUUAAAAAUUAAAAAAAAAAUAUUAUAAAACAAUUUUUAAAACUAAUUGUUGUUUUUUAUUAUAAUGUAUAAUUCUUGUUAGGCAAAAAUAAACGAAAAAUAAAACAAUGCAUAAAAACAAAACAAAAAAAGAUAAAUAUAAAUGUAUUUAUUAAAAAUAUUUAAAAAAUACCACGAAGGAGCAGAGACAGCAGAUAUUUAUAAAUAUAUACAUGUAUAUAAAUAUAUCAAUAUUAUUACUCAAUAUUAAAAGGCAUCAUUGAACACAAACAAUUUUUACAUUUAACAUUUUUGGCGCAUAUAAGAAAUAUCUAUUUAGUAAUAAGUUAUCGAAAAAAAAUAAUGCAGACCCGCAAAUAAAGAUGUAUUUUGCAGCAAUUAAACACAUACAUAUGUAUAUAUAUAGUAAAUGUAAAAAAAGCUAUAAUUUUCAAUAAAGUGAAUCGUUUCCU